CUGCGGUCACACUGUUCCACACGUGUUUCGCCCGUAAACAGUUUUUGGCAUGUGAGAUCGUUCAAUUCCUUACAGAAAAUCAAGGAAAAGGGGACAAAUAAGACGAUACGAUGACACACCUGCGGACGGAGGAAAAGGCGGAGUCGGAGGAGCCAGCGGAACGGGCAUCCGUGUUCAAGGAGAGCAGCUGCAUCUUCCGGCGGAAUCGGGCCCUCGGCUACGUGAGCAACCAGGUUCCGGCGGUCACCCGUUACAUUCAGCGCCGCCGAGACACCUUGCUGAUCACCUGCAUCGGCAGAUCCUUCCAGGUGUACACCGCCAACCAUUUCCGGCUGCUGCACGUCAGCGGCCUGCAUCCGGACGAGAUCACGGCCUUGGCCACGGAUCGCCUGCACACGUACUCGGCGAGCAACAAGUGCAUCUACGCCUGGCGGGCGGGCAAACACAUCCGGCACAUUUACCGCGGUCAUCAGAAGGAUGUCCACCUUCUGCUGCCUUUCGGCUCCAAUUUGAUUGCCAUUGAUCGCGACAAUGUGCUGAAAGUGUGGAAUAUACCCACCGAGGAUGUCUAUCUGGAGGUGCCCUUCCGCACCGAGGAGUUCCAGAUCACCGCGGUAACCCAUCCACCCACGUACAUCAACAAAAUUGUGCUGGGCUCACAGCAGGGUCAAUUGAAGAUCCUGAACAUUAAGAAGAACAGUGUGGUGUGCACUUUGAGCCAUCACGAGAGCAGAAUAACCUGCAUUGAGCCGUCUCCUGCUUUGGACGUGGUGGCCGUGGGCCACGGCGAUGGAACCAUCAUCCUGCUCAACCUUAAGUUUGACGAGGUGCUGAUGAGCUUCCAGCAGGACUGGGGACAGGUCACCAGCCUUUCCUUCCGCACCGAUGGCCCACCCAUUCUUGUGUCCGCUUGCAGCAAUGGUUACAUGGCCUUCUGGAAUCUGGAGGAACGCAAGUUGGCCGGUCAGCUGCAAGCGCACGAGGAGCCGGUGACCACGGCCAUUUGCCUGCCCAGCGAGCCCGUGGUUUUCACCACCUCGCCGGACAACUCCAUGAAGAUGUUCGUCUUCGACAUGCCGGAUGGUGGGGCCAGACAGCUGAGGAUCCGCGAGGGGCACACGAAGCCACCGCUCUGCAUCCGCUACCACGGCAGCUCGGGAGUGUCCAUCCUCUCCUCCGGCGAGGACAGCACAAUGAGAGUGUUCUCCACCAUCUCCGAGUCGCUGAACAAGAGCAUGGGCAGGGCAACCUACAAUCAAAAGGCCACAAAAAAGAAGAAUCGCUUCCAGUAUGACAAGUUCGGUAUGCCGCCCAUCCUGGAGUUCACAUCGGACAUUGCCCGCGAGAAGGAGUGGGACAACAUUGCCGCCAUCCAUGCGGGCGUCAUUCAGACGACCACCUGGUCGUUCGACAAAAACCGCAUGGGUGAGCACCGUCUGGUGCCGCAGCAGUUCCAGAACAGCAACCGCACAAACUUCCAGAGCGAGACCACGUGCAUUGUGCUGUCGCAUUGUGGCAACUUCGUGAUCAUCGGCUACAGCAGUGGCGACAUCGAGCGCUUCAAUAUCCAGUCCGGCAUUCAUCGAGCUAGCUAUGGUUCUCCGGGUCACAAGAUGGCAGUGCGCGGCUUGGCCACCGACAAUCUUAAUCAGACCGUCAUCUCUGGCUGUUCGGAGGGUCUGCUCAAGUUCUGGUCCUUUAAAGGAAUUAAUUCAUUUAAUUCGUCGGUUGACAAGCCCCUGGCCGUGCUGCGCCUGGCGGAUGGUAUUGCCCUUAUGCGACAGCACCGCGAGAGCUCCAUGGUGGCCAUUGGCUUGGAGACCUUCAAGGUGUUUGUGGUGGACAUGCAUACGCGAGUGAUUGUCCGCAAGUUCGUCGGCCACACGGCCAAGCUGAAUGACCUGGCCUUCAGUCCGGACAGUCGCUGGCUGAUCACUGCCGCCAUGGACUCGACGAUCAAGGUGUGGGACAUACCCUCCUCUUACAUGGUGGAUCACUUCCGGGUGGAGACGCCCUGCGUAUCGCUGAGCAUGUCGCCCAAUGGCGAUUUCCUGGCCACCGCUCAUGUUGGCCUUCUGGGCAUUUACCUGUGGGCCAACAAGACGCUAUUCAAUCAGGUAUCCCUGCGCUCCAUCGAUCCCUUGGAGGCGGCUCCUUAUGUAGGAUUACCCACCAACGUGUGCGAUGCCAUGGAAUUGGAAGACGGCAUGCAGGAGCUAGAAAUUGACGAAGAGGAUGAGACGAAACUAGGGGAGUUAAUCGAUGCCAAGUAUAUAACUCCAAUUCAGCUGUCCGAGGAUUUAAUAACGCUGUCCGGUCUGGCUGCAUCUCGUUGGCAAAAUCUAUUGGAUUUGGAGCUGAUCAAGCAACGCAAUAAACCCAAGGCGCCACCAAAGGCUCCCAAGCAGGCUCCAUUUUUCCUGCCCACUGUUUCGGGACUAGAACUGCGCUUCGAUGUGCAGAAUGGACAAACGGAGGAGGCCAACUCGCGAAUCCGAAAGGCUUCGACGCUUAACAAUCUUACUGCCUUUGGACAGCUGCUGGAGGAAACUUCUGAUACACAAGAGUUCGCUCCUGCUGUGGCCCACUUGACGCAACUGGGUCCCUCGAUGGUGGACUUUGAGAUCAAAUCCCUGCACCCGGAGGCUGGAGGAACCCUUCUCGCCAUGCUACAGUUCCUCAAACUCGUAGAGUUUAUGUUCGCCACCAAUCGGAACUUUGAGCUGGCCCAAUCCUAUUUGAGUGUCUUCCUGCGAUCUCACGGUCUCGGCUUGACGGAUACUCCGGAAUUGGUAAAAGCGCUGCGCAGUGUUUCCCUGAAGCAGCAGGAGUCUUGGCAGCGAGUGGAGGAGAAGCUGAUCUACGGCACUGGAGUCGUGGCUGCACUCCGAAAUUUCGCACAUUAGUUACUAGCUUCUACAACAUUUUGUUUGUAGAUUUAACAUUGAA